UCCGUGUUUACGUUAGCUCUUGCUCAGUCUGAUCGCUGGUGGCUCCGUGUGGUUUUUAACACCCAGCUCUGCUACAAGCCGGGUUCGUCUCUCAGGGAGGUUUCACUCGCCGUCGCCAGGAGGAGUCAGCUCUCUUUCGGUCGGCAUAAACAGCAACACGGCGGUUAUGUCUGCGGUUCGGACCCCGAGUGGAGACUUCUCGUUGAGCUGCCGUAGCCGUUAGCUCGCUGCUUUGGGUCCGCUGAGUUGUAGCUACAACAGGCUUUUUGUUCUGCUCCCGGACAGCCUCUGCAUGACAAACCGUCCCCACUGUUCAGAGCGGACAGGACGGUAGUACAGCGGCUGCUUUAUUGGGAAACGUGUCAGGGAGACCACCCCCUUCCUCAUCAUCACCACCACCACCCUCCGAGGUUGUGAACCCCUGCCGCGGGGCUAACUCCCCCGGUCAUCGAGCGAAUUCAUGGCCGGAAAUCCGAGGAGGGGCGCCGGACUCAUCGGGCUGAUGAAGGACGCCUUUCAGCCCCACCAGCAGCCUCUGCAGCCUCACCAGCCCGCUGUGGUCGAUAAGAAAAUGGUGGAGAAAUGCUGGAAGCUCAUGGAUAAGGUGGUGCGUUUGUGUCAGAACCCCAAGGUGGCACUGAAGAACAGCCCACCCUACAUCCUGGACCUGCUGCCGGACACCUACCAGCACCUGCGCACCAUCCUGUCCAGGUACGAGGGCAAGAUGGAGAUCCUCGGGGAGAACGAGUAUUUCCGUGUGGUCAUCGAUAACCUCACCAACAAGACGAAGCAGACCAUGAGCCUGUUCAAGGAGGCCAAAGAACGGAUGUACGAGGAGAACUCCCAGGCCAGGAGGAACCUGACCAAGCUGUCUCUGAUCUUCAGUCACAUGCUGGCUGAGCUGAAGGCCAUCUUUCCCAACGGUCUGUUUCAGGGGGACAACUUCCGGAUUACCAAAGCUGACGCCGCUGAAUUUUGGAGAAGGUCAUUUGGAGACAAAACCAUCGUACCCUGGAGGAUGUUCCGCCAGGCUCUCCAUGAGUUUCACCCCAUAAGUUCUGGUUUGGAAGCCAUGGCACUGAAGUCCACCAUCGACCUCACCUGCAACGACUACAUCUCUGUUUUUGAGUUCGACAUCUUCACCCGACUCUUUCAGCCGUGGUCGUCUCUUCUGAGAAACUGGAACAGCCUAGCAGUCACACAUCCCGGCUACAUGGCCUUCCUGACGUACGACGAAGUCAAGGCUCGGCUGCAGAGAUUCAUCCACAAACCUGGCAGCUACAUUUUCCGGCUGAGCUGCACUCGGCUGGGACAGUGGGCGAUCGGCUACGUGACAGCCGACGGAAACAUCCUGCAGACCAUUCCCCACAAUAAACCGCUUUUCCAAGCCCUCAUUGAUGGAUACAGAGAGGGAUUCUAUCUUUUCCCAGACGGCCGUGCGCAGAACCCAGACCUCACGGGGCUGUGUGAGCCUUCUCCUCAGGACCACAUCAAAGUUACUCAGGAGCAGUACGAGCUGUACUGUGAGAUGGGCUCCACCUUCCAGCUCUGCAAGAUUUGUGCCGAAAAUGACAAAGAUGUGAAGAUUGAGCCCUGCAGACACCUGAUGUGCACUUCCUGUCUGACCGCCUGGCAGGAGUCAGAGGGUCAAGGCUGCCCAUUCUGCCGCUGUGAGAUCAAAGGCACGGAGCCCAUCGUGGUGGACCCCUUCCACCCCAAGGCCAGCGGGGCUUCCUUCGCCGGCUUCCAGGGCUCCAGCCGAGCCGAAGCAGCAGCAAACGAUGAGGAAGAGGAUGACCGCCUGGAGGACCAUCUGGUCAUGAGCAGGCUGGCCUGCAGUAGUAAGGUGGAACGUCCGGCGUCUCCAGUGUCUCAGCUGCCUCCGGUGCCUCCACGGCUGGACCUGCUGCAGCAGAGGUCCGUGCUGAGUCAGGGCGCCACAGCCAAGGUUGCGGUCACUCACAGAGACAAGCCUCUACCUCCCCCCCCUGCUGUGAGGGAGCUUCCCCCUCCGCCCCCCCCAGAGCGACCCUCGGUCCCCGUCCAGGACCCCAGGCUGCAGAGGAGACCGCUGCCUUCCACCCCUGACCAGCCCGCCUGGGCGGCCAACUACAUGGUUCCUCGGCCUGCCACCAAGGCCUCCCUCCCCCAGAGCAGCAGCACCAACGGGGAGGGCACCAGGCCCCAGGCAGCCACCAAUGCCAUCUACUGCCUGUCCGCCAGGUCUCUGACUUCGUCGGCGGCCUCAGCUGGAGAAAAGCCAUCAUCAGACAGUGAGGAGAACGAGUACAUGAGUCCCACCUCCCUGCCGGUCUCUGGCGCCCCGUGGGUCAUCGCGGGGUCCUUGGUGCCCCCGCCUCCUGCCCAGACAAACAACCACAACGACGUCAGUGAGGGGGGCGACGACGACUCUGAUGACCCUCAAGUGUACGAAUCCAUGUUCAACAUCCAGAGUCAGGCCGGCUCCUCUGACACAACGCAGGCCUCUGAUCUGGAACUCGACCAGCUUCCAGCUGCGGCCUCCCAGGACAAAAAGGAAGACAGCGAAGUAGAGGACGUCUACGAGUUCGACCGUCCCCGCCCGGUGGUACCCCCCGCCCCCACCCGACGGAUCCUGUCUGAAAUCAGUUGUCCCUCCGCAGCCUUCAACUCGCUCAGCAUGGACGCCUCAGUAGAAGCCGGAGCGUUUGCCGAGUCGGACCGGCCGCCCCGGCCCCUUCCACGCAGAGCCAACUCCGACCGCCGCCCUCGACCCUUGAACCGCGACCUUUCCGCUCCGCUGCCCGAACUCCCCGGUCCAUCCUCCGCCUCGCCGCCUCCUCCUCCUCUUCCUCCUCCUCCACCACCUGCUGCCACCACCGUCACCGCUGGCAACCAGGCCCUGAACGGUGAGAUCGAAUGUCUGAUAUCCCAAGGCUACUCCAUGCAGGACAUCCAGAAAGCGCUGAUGAUCGCCCAGAACAACCUGGAGACGGCCAAAAACAUCCUGCGUGAGUUCGUCUCCGUCCCCUCCACGGCCCACAUCGCCACAUAGUCACUCAGGUCCUGCUCCGCCCCCCAAUCCCCUGUCUCCGCUUUGUGCCAUUAUUGUGGAUAGCAUUUACCGAGCACUUUUCCGCGGGAAAACACCAGAUCUGAAGAAAAACAUCCAAAGUUAAUUGUAAUAGACUGCGUCAGGUAUUAUUUGCUUUUCUAAAAGGAUUUUUUUUUGUGACGGAUCCUGAAGCCUCAACAGUUACUCUACGCCGCCCCCAGCUGGAAAUGGAAGGAACUGGAUUCCCCAUCAGCUGAUUGGUUCAUCUCUUUCGGCUUAAAUGAUCUGAAACGUGUUAAAGGAGCUUUGUGAAGCCAAACUUUCAUCAUGUCGCUGUUCAGUUCGCUGCUUCUCUGCAAACUGUGGUGUGCAAAUCUGUAACUAAUCAGAAAUUAGUGAGUAGAAGUCUGUGGCGUGCUGCAGAGUUGUGGCUCCAUUUCCCAUCACCUUCUGGGUCAACAAGUACUUUAAUCUUUGAGCACUCUCCUCACAUAUUGUACUGUGUGUAGAACUAACAAUAGCGGAAAUUAAUUCCAUUUUAAUUAUGUUUUCUAACAUUUUCCAGUUUAUUUUGUGGAAAAUCGGGCAACGGUGUCUCUACAUUCAGGUUUGACUCAUUGCCAACGUAUCGGUGGAGGCAGGAAGUCUAGAAAAAGUGAAUCCCCGAUUAUCAAGUGGUUUGAAGAGGCAACUAGUAGAGGAGUCGACGAGCACCACUGUUUCAAUGUGUAUGUUCACACAGCAGGAAAAUAUGACUCAAAUCCCAAUUUUUUUUCUUUUUUUUUGGCCAAUAUGCGACUUUCUCAUGGAAGAAUAAACAGCACAACUCUGAUCUUUUCACCCCAAGAUAAGUCAUAAUUGUUCCACUUAUCUGUGGGACUAAAUUAUAUCAGAUAUUUUUCAAAGCGUCAGCAGUAGAAACAGUCAUCUUAUUCAACUUUUACAUCAUAAUUCUGCACCACAAGAAGUCAGAUGCUGCAAAUCUGGACGUAAACAAUGGCUGAAAAUUAUAAUUAUGAAAUUAUGAAAGCCGUCUGUGUCAGUGAAGCGCAUCACAUCACAGUCCACCACUUUUAGUUCCAACUUCACAUCCAAACAGAGCUGUGCUCUUGUCAUGUUCUCGUGACGAUGCGGUCGACUCUGAAGAACUUUAAAAUUGAUCGGUAGACACCGGCCAUUAUUACUGCUGUAAACAGAGCACUGCUGUGUGACAUAAACGAGUAAAACCAAGGUAAAACUCACAAAGUGCUUCAACAAGCAAAAUAAAUACAAAGAAAAUUAAGCAAAAGCAGAUUUAAAAAGAUAUGUUCAUGUCUGUGCACAUGGCUUACUUUGGGACAUGAGCUGUUCACACAGAAAACUUAUUGCUGUCGCACUUAAUUAGUAGCUUGAACGACCACGCAGAAAAAAUAAAUCAGGUUUCAAUAAAAAAAGAAAAUUUAAAAAAAUUUCGGAAUUGAGCAUCAGGACCUGCUGUGUGAAAAUCUCCCUGCAGAAUCCUGAUUUGUCGUCCAGACCCUGCAGGCCUUUUUAAAGUAAAUUAAGAAGCAGAGCUGGCCUUUCCAUCCUGCAGGUCAGCUUCAAAUGAUUUCCGUCUCAGCUGCUUUAUGUCAAACACUUUCUAGAAUAAUAGGACAGGUCUGCUCCUACCUAAACGUCCUGUCCCAGACUGAUCUACCUCACCGGGCUUUGAAUCCCCAAGCAGAUUAUGGACAGAUUAGAAACCUGGAUGCGUUCCUGACUGAUGAACGAACCUACAUCCACUUCCACUCGCAGGCAACAGAUCACAACCUUCCAUUCACAUCACCCAGUUCCCAAGAAACUGAAUCCCACAUGUGAGUGACCCACAAAUAUCCACAGAGAAGCUCCCACUCUCUCUACAGAGUGAAAACGGAGAGACGAAGCCAACAGUCGUGCUCCAUGAAGUCAAGGAUUCCCCAAUAAGUCAUUUAACAGGAAGGAUAGGCCCAUAUCUAGUCCAAUAGUCUAUUAAAGUUAAAUGAGUGCCAUG